GAGAAGGUCGUCUGGCCGUAUAGCGUUCACCUUCGCUUCAGCGCUAGCGCUCUAGCGCACUUCUAAAUCGUGCACGUGAACUGAAGAUCAGAGAAGAACGAACUUGUCAGUGCAGUGUACGACAAUCUUACUCAAUUAUCAUCUUUUCAAGCUGCUAUUGUCAUUCAGAGGUCAUAAUUACAUCAGAUAUUGUGAACAGAGUCCACACUUCAAUCAACGGGAGUGAACAUUGAAAGCGAACUUGGGACUCAGAGAGGAGAGCCAGCUGUCACCAGCAAACUGCCUUCAUGUAAGGUGUUCUAGUAUGCAAGGUGGAGAGGUGAGCAUAGGAGCUCAGGAGAGUGAGUCUAGGAAACCUUAUCAUCGCGUACCGCUCAUUGAAGAUCCUCACAUGGUAGAGGUGUCCGUUAGUCUCAAGGGUGAUGGCAGGCCAGCCAGCCAGAUCUCCUCAUCCCAUGGAAAUGUUUGGCGUAAGAUUGUGUCUUCCCUGCUGGCUGGGGCUGCCGCAGGAGCCGUGGCCAAGUCCGUCAUCGCUCCAUUGGAUCGCACAAAGAUUCUCUUUCAGACAUCAGACAUGCAGUUUUCAGCUAGGAACGCAGUGGGUGUCCUGAGGGAUGUGUACCAGAAGGAAGGAUUGGUUGCGUUAUGGAGGGGCAACUCCGCUACAUUGGUCCGAAUUAUCCCCUAUGCUGGGAUCCAGUUUGCAGCGCAUGAACAGUACAAGAAACUCCUCAACACGCACAAUACACAGAACCUGAACCCGGCUCGUCGGUUCAUGGCAGGUUCUCUAGCUGGUGUAACAGCUGCAUCUUUAACCUAUCCAUUAGAUGUUCUCAGGGCUAGAAUGGCUGUCACUCAUAGGACAAGUUACAAAGGGAUCAUGUCCAUGUUCCUGAUGACACUCAGAAUAGACGGUGCUUCCAGUUUCUACAGAGGUUUUCUCCCUACGGUACUCGGUGUUAUCCCCUAUGGCGGCAUCAGCUUCUUCACAUAUGAAACCCUCAAGAAACAGCACAGAGAGUACACCAACCGUAAGGAACCAAGUCCGUCAGAAAGGCUCGCGUUUGGAGCGGUAGCAGGUCUGUUUGGUCAAUCGGCUUCCUAUCCGUUGGACGUGAUCAGACGACGCAUGCAGACGGCCGGGAUCACCAAGUACUCGUACGACUCUAUCCUCAACACGGGCAGGAACAUUGUUAAAGAAGGUGGAGUGAUUGGGGGUCUGUACAAGGGGCUCAGUAUGAACUGGAUCAAGGGACCUGUUGCUGUCGGAAUCAGCUUCACGGUCUUUGACCUGACCUUGAAAUGGCUGUCUCAGAGGCACUUCUUCAGGGACGAUCCUUGAUGCCGCGUCUGUCGACCCUUGAGGAAGCCAUAGGGGUGCGUUUACUCUCCAUCCAUCGGUGAAUCCAUCUUUAUUGCCAAUUUUCGUUCUUUUUUUUAGUGGAUCUACCAGUAAAUACAUUCUCUCCAUCCUGCUUGCAAUGAUCAGUCGGUGAAUUGAAAAUGAGAACUUCUAGAUGCCUCAUUAAAUAUUCAUGGAUUUGAUAGAAAUUUAGUUUCGCUGGAGUAAAGAGCCGAGGCCCAAAGCGCAGUCGUGAUAUGUUCAUCGCUCAUUUUACAGUUAUGUAUGCAAUUGAAAUAAUUUUGAACAUGAAAUCAGGUGAGUUGAAUGGCGAUACUGUUUCCUAAUCAUCAGUGGAGCUACAUACAUACAUACAGACUCUGGGUAUGUGAGUUUAUUGUAUUGAUUGUUAGUGUUGAAAAAUAUGCACAAAUUGUCUAAAUACAAAAUAUCUGUUAUUCUCAUUUUGAUGAUUAUUGUUACGUGUACCUCCCAGUAUAACCAAUGAGUUAAUCUAUGCAACCUUGUUAUGUAUGUGGUGAUUAUAUGUUGAUAUCAGUGCCUGGCCUGCCCCCACUGCAAUUUCAUAUUAAAACAUGUGUGUGUAAAGGGAAUGCAAAGACGCCUUAUGAUUUUACAGUUUUUUCCCGUGACCAGAAUGUAAGUCAUAUCUCACCUCCUUUUUUUGUUUUGUUUAUUCACUCAGGAAAUAAAAAGAAAAUUUGAUCAUCCUUUGUAUCUUGCUACAUGUACAAUGAAGUUGAUGACUAAUCAUAUGUACUCUAAUAAAUCUACCUUCCUGUCAUAAAGCUCCCUUUCUGUCAUAAAGUGGGUUUAGAAGCAAAUAUUCAUCUUAAGGGGGAAGUCCACCCUGAUAUUAAGUUGGUUUUAUUAGAAGCAGAAAAAUGAGAACACAGAAAGAAAAAAAGAAGAAAACGCUAUGAAUUUUUGAAGGUGCAGUCAAUCAAACACAAAUUGGCAACUCUGUGACGUACCUAGUAAGGUCCCCUCCCAUUUUCCCUGUACUAAAUGUUUUUCAUACUUUCCCUAAGAACAUUAUCAAUCAUUCAUUCACCCUAAAUAUAAUUUUUGCCAAUAUGGUUUUUAUACAACCCUUAUAUGAAACAAAUCUAUUUUGCAUCAAUAACUAAGAAAAUAAAAGUUUAUGACAUUUUCUGUAAAGAGCAAAUUGUAGAGGAGCUCGCAAGAUAUGUCAUAGUUUCGCCCUUUUGUGUUCCAUUGAUUACAACUUCAAAAAGUCAUAACUUUCCUUCUUUUAGUUGGAUAUUGCUCAAACUUUCACUAAAUUACUUCUUUCAAUUUCUACUUUUAUUAAAACCAAAUGAAUAUCACGGUGGAUUUCCCCAUUAAUCUGGUGAUCUUAAUGCUGUAUUAUGCAAGACAGUUCCGGGUUUUUUGUUUAAAGAGUGCAUUGUGAAUAUGGACGUAUGUGAUAUGCGGAUUGUUAGUCUUUAUUUUUUACUAAUUCAUGUAAACAUGAUCCCGGGUCUAAGUUUAUGUUUAAAGACCCUGUCCAAUGAAAAUACAACUUGGUAUAAAUAGAAAACUGAAUAAAUGUUGAAUGUAGAAUAAAAUUAUAAAGGAAUGACAAAUAUUUACCCUUUCAUUAUUGCACAAAAGCAAAUUAAAACCUCAUUUUCUGCACCCCUCCAAAUUAUGGGUCAAAUUUGCCGAAGUUACAGUGAUGAGAUAACACGUGGACCCGAUCGGUUCACCUAUAUAGCUGAGGCGAUGAGCCGUGCUUAAUAAAUGCAAAGUCAUUGUGAUUAUGCGUAUCCCCACAUAAUAGAUGAUGCCAUCCAGUCGAUUUGAACAACUUCCGAUUUUCAAAUCUUUAAAUUUUGAGUUUUCAGAGAGCUGAUACUCCUCUGACAGACACUAAAAUGGCAUAUGAUUGAUAUCAUUGUAAUCUAUGGCUUAUAAGCUUUUCGUUGAUAUAUAAUUUGUCCAGUUUAUUUUUCAGCUCGGAUAUGAUCUUCAACAAAUGAAAACUCAGACCUGGGACUAACUUCCAGAUUUUGAACCAAAGUCCAAGUCCAUUGUCAGAUUUAAUUAAUUUUAUUAGAAUAGAAGCUAUAGAGUAUUUAUCCCAACUUCUUUUGGUAUUCAUUCGUAGGAUGGGAUUUCAUAUUUGGCUGCAGAAAGAUGAACUCAAGCUACACAUAUAAAUACAAUAUGCAAGUGUCAAAUUAUAUCUGACUCUCUUAAUAGUUACAUACAAAAUGUGAGCUUACCGGUAGGUUAGCAGCUUUAUUACAUGAUGCCCUUGUUAUUUGCUGUUACAGGUUAUAGCACUGAUUUUUUUUUAUGUCUGCUUUCCAUUCAUGACCCAGUUAUUUUGCCUUAAACACCUCUUAGUGUCUGUACAUCAUCACCUUUAAGCUUGACUGAAAUAGAAGAGUAUUUCAUUAUGCAUGAACUUGAUUGUGUAAUUGGGAGUGGAUAAGAAGUGGGCAAGGGGCUUACCCUAGUUUUAAAAUAUUGAGAGUUCAUGUUUAACAAGAUUGAACUACAAACAACUAAAUUAUUUAAAAAAUCGUAUCUGUCUUGAAGGCUCUCUAAUUUUGUACCCUUUUUUAAGGGAUACACUUCUUGGAUGGUUUACACAAUGAAGAAGGGGCAAUUUUUCAUUUACCUAUCUCAUGCCAAUUGGGUUUAAGGGCGAUGGGGCAUGAGCUGGUUGUACCCCCCAAUCUCAAAAAACAAGAGAAAAGAAAUAUAUACAUGUAUAUGCCACUGUGUGGGAGGGGGAGGGGGGUGGUGUUCUUUCACUGAUCAGAUGGCCUGAUAAUUAUUCAGAGGCAUUUGAUUGUCUACUGUCUAGAUGUGUUUUAUUCAAUUUGGAUCUCUGUACUGAAAGAUUUGUGUACAUGUAUAUCAUUGUGAAAAACUACCUGAAUUGGAAUCAUCAACUUAACUGUGAAUGAGAGUAGACCGGUUAACUAACAUAUUCAAAUGUUAUGCAUUCUUGUUCUUGACAAUUCUGGCCCAAUGCUUGCCUGACAUAGCAACAAGUUAUAUUUAGAGAUUGGAAUCCAAGUAUUGUAGUUCAUUCAUUAGUAACAGGUUAAUGGAAUACCUCGUCACUAGGUUCCCAGGAAAGAAACAUCCAUAAAUGUUGAAUACCGGUAGGUCAAUAAACCGGUCUAUUCUCGUCAGGCAGAGACGUGUAGACUUAUUGGCCCGAAUUCACAAAGGAGGUUUGUCGACAAACCUUCGUUUUCGUACGUCAUAUGACGCGUUUUACGCGUUUUUUACAAACCUGGUUUGUAAAGAACAAAAGGAGGUUUGGCGAAACAAAAGGAGGUUUGAGCUCAAACCUUGGUCUGAGGUCAAUCUUGCUUUGUGAAUUCGGGCCAUUAUGUGGCUUCAUAUAUUGACAUUGAAAAUAUCCUCCAUCCUGUGUUUUUUAUGGAAAUUAAUUGCAUGUUCGACCUCGUUAUGAUUAUUUGCAAUAGUUAAAUCUCAUAAGUUUCAUUGAGAAAAAAAAGGUUUCCUUUGAAUGACGAUUAUACAAAGGCCAAGUAUUGAUUUGAAUAUUGAAAAUGAGAGUAUGGUAUAUGUUACUUCCAAUACGUAUUUAUGAAUAUAUUGCGAAUACAAAAUAUAUGGAGUUUAUAUGUGAUAGAUUAUAUUGACAUGUUUCUACAAUGUUAAACAUUAAAUGCGGUUGACAAUAAAUGAUACAUGCUAAGUGUGUGAAAUUGA